AUGAGUGUCCGCCUGCCUCGAGUGCACCUGUGGGAACGUUGAAGUGUUUUGUCUCCGCUUCCGAAUAACAUGCUUUCUUGAGAAAAUCUUGCGCUACUAUGUGGAAAAGCGUUUACACGAGGCUUAUAACCCACGUAGCUAGAACUUCGUUGGAUUUUGGAACAUCAACAGGUUAGACCGCAGCAAAGAAAGAAGAAAAGGGAACAAGCGAGGUGAUGGGAAAUUUGACACCCGCGACGCUGCUGCUGCUGUUGCUGGUUUACCUUCCAACAGAACUGCUGUGCAUCCAGGUGAACGUUCCCGAGAGCGAAAGGAGCACCAUGUUGUUUGCGUCUGUGACCCUUCGCUGCGAAUUUACCACUUCUGCAAACCCGCAAGAUGUGCUGGUUACCUGGAGAUUCAAAUCUUUCUGUAAAGACCCCAUCCUGGAAUACUACUCUACAAGUUACCAGGCCGCCCUGCAGUUGGGUCAGGACCCGGCCAACGACUGCCAAGACCGCCAGCGCACCGUCCGCACAGUGGUCCAAAAGAGAGGCCUCAAUGAGCCCAUGCUGGGCGUAGAUUAUCGCAAUCGCAAAAUUACCGUUCAAAACAUGGCUGACCUGGUCAUCACUGAGGUCAUGUGGUGGGAUAACGGCGUUUACUUCUGCAACAUCGACGCUGCCGGUGACACGUCGGGCGAUUCGGAUCGUGAAAUUAAACUGAUUGUGUAUCACUGGCUGACGGUGCUGUUGAUCAUCCUCGGCGCCUUGGUGCUGAUCAUGCUUUUGGCGAUAUGUUGGUGUCAGUGCUGCCCGCAGAAGUGCUGCUGCUACGUGCGCUGCCCUUGCUGUCCUCAGACAUGUUGCUGCCCAGAGAAAGCUGUGAUGCAACACAGGAUGAUGCGUGAGGCCAAGAGGGCCAUGGCGCCUUGGAUGCAUGGCCAGCCCAUUUAUGCUCCCAUCAGCUCCAACAACUCAAUUCAGGGUGUCCCCAUGUUGUAUUCAGGCUCAUUCUCAGACCCCGGCAAACAAAACUUUGCCAUGGCACCCAUACAGAUGAUCCCACAGCAGACCGCUCCUCAACAUCACCUAAACGGCAGCGCUAAAGCCAACCACCAAAACAAUCGACACGUUUUGGAUUACCUGGAAAACCAGGUCAGGGGGCUAGACGUGCCUAUGCACCCCAUUCAGAAUGGGUCCCCAGUAGUGGUGCAGCCCCAGCCGCCUCCUGCCGUUGUGCCCUACACCCCCGGCCCACCCAGCAUGCUGUCUGCCCUCGACGAGAUGGGCGUAAGGGGCACGGAGAGACGAGUCGUCACGCUACCGCCUAUUAUACAGCGUGCGCCCAGUUUCUCCUCCCGCAGAGGACCCCGAAAUGGGGAACCAGACAGGGGGGCUCCGCGUUUCCCCAGCCAUUCCAGCAGUAGUACAAACCCCUCUGGAAGGGGCGUACAACGGCGAUAUAGAGAUCAUUCUCCUCCAAGACGGGGGGCCCUCCGCAACUACAGCGACGACUCCGACCGGGAGGGAAGGCAAGGAAGAGGGUACCGGAGAGAGCCGAGCCCAAGCAGGUCCAGGCCUCGGACCCGUAGCCGCGAUGACCUAAUGGAGGAGAUGCGUAGCAGAAGCGCGCGGAGGGAGAGGAGUUACUCGCCUCCUCGACGCAAAGGCUCCUGGAGCUCGGACGAAGAAGACAGUGACAGGCGAAGGGCAAGAGGGAGGGAUUGGCCUGAGAAGCCCCCCAGCUACUCCUCAGUGGAGAGCCAACACGGAACCGUCAAUGAUCGUAGGAACCACAGCCGACUUUCUGAUAGAAGCUCCCGUAGUAUCACCAGCAUGGUCAUCUGAAGCAUUUCUUUCAUCUCAAAAGCUGAAAAAGAAGGCUGCAUCUUUCUCUGCUUACCAAUAAAGGAUGGACUUAUUCUUAGUUGUUGUGAUAUGUAAUUGCGAGUUCAUAUUUUUGAGCCAAAGUUAAUCAUUUGUGUGUUCAUGUGUUUUUUCAUCAUCAAAACACCGUAUUUUCAGUCUUUUCAUAGGCUCAGCAUAGACAACUGUGAUGACAAGUGUGCUACAGUAAAUGGGACAUAAAAACGACCUCGCAGGAAACCACUGUACUUAUCAAUACUGCUGUAUUUUUUUCUUUAUGUACUUUUUGUGUGUGCUUUUUUUAAAAUAAAACA